GUUUCGUAGUGUCGUCAGAAAACAAAUUUUGCUCGGUGCAAUCGGAGGUCAAGUGUACAAGUAUAUGCAUAAAAAUUCAGCAAAAGCAUUCACAUUUGUUGAAGCUUAAGAAGCUUCGACUAAAAACAAAAUUCAACAGAUAUCUACUUAAUUAUGGUGCGAUUGUUUUAGGCAUAAUAUAAGAUACAAGAUGCGCGUAAUGUCUAUUUGGACGGGCAAAGCCGCGAUGAAAAUUAUAUUGUUUUGUUUCCUGAUCUCGAUUGUGUCAAUACUGUUUGCGCUGUGCGUCUCUUUGCCAUUAAAACAGAGCAGCCCAGCAUGUAAGGCCAUUAAAACCUGUGAUCCAUUUCAGCCCAUCUGUGCAACAAGCUCCUUAAACGAGCACCAGUUUUUCUACAGCCAGUGCGAAAUGGUUCGCGACAUCUGUCUAACCGGUAAGGAUUGGAAAUCGGACUACUUAAGCCACUGCAAUGUCAGAAAGCUUUAUCAGGAUAUUUUGUAAACAUACACAUAUGUUUGUAUAAAGGAUGUGUUCCAAAGAUUUUACAAAUCAAAUUUAUCCAGUUUUUAAGGGCCAAAUUUAUCUGGUUCGUUAAUCUUAUAUAUGAAUAUACAUUUAUAAUAAAUUUGUUUUCAAGUCUUAAAAAUAAGCGAUCAGAGUUGCAACACAGAAAGUAUUUGAAUUCCUAGUUAACUAUGUCAGCUAAUUUUUUACGUCUAAACUCUUUCCUGGCCUCAUCAAGGAGCACGUUGUGCAGCAGAUUACGGUUCUGUGAUUGAUCCAUUAAUAGGGAAGGGUAAGGAUUGCCACGAAGCUCUAGCACCGACUGUCUGUAGUACAUUCCUGGAUAAUCCCGAGGAGCUUUGUACAUUCGAGUAUAAGAUACGUUGUAGUUUUCGUAGCGAGGAACUAGUACUUUAAACAGCUUAUGGACCAGCUGU